AUGGAGACGUUUGGAAACGUUACCCCCUUCGCGCCCAAUCCCAUACAGACCAGGAAUGACUUGAAGAAAUUCCUUGUGGAUAUCCUCGACGCCCUUGAGAAGCACACUUCACCUGGUGGUGCCAGAGUUCACAUUGGCCAUACUGGAACGCACUACGACGAGGCUGCUGCUCAGUUGGAAGGUUUCUCUCGUCCCAUCUGGGGCCUCGCAUCAUUACUAUCGGGUGGAUAUGAAUACUCUGGUACCAUGCGAUGGGUUGACGGCUUGAAGAAUGGGACCGAUCCUGAUAACGAAGAGUUCUGGGGAGACAUGCGAGACAAAGACCAAAGGAUGGUCGAGUGCUCCGCCCUAGGCUUCGCUAUUGCUGUUGCUAAAGAGCAAUUGUGGGAUCCCCUCCCUCCAGAAUCCAAGGUCAAAGUCGAAAAAUGGUUAGGUGGUAUGAAUGACAAGGAGAUGCCCAAUACAAACUGGCUUUGGUUCCGCGUCUUUGCCAACCUGGGUUUAUCAAAAGCUGGCUCGACUCGUUUCAACGCGGAACGAAUGAAAGCUGACAUGGAUCAUCUCGACACAUUCUAUAUCGGCGAUGGAUGGUCUCGCGAUGGCCCAGAGGGUGUUGUCCAACUCGAUUAUUAUUCGUCUUCCUUUGCGAUUCAAUUUGCGCAGCUCGUCUACUCGAAGCUGCAGCAAGACGAAGAUCCCAUUCGAUGUGAAGAAUACAGGAACAGAGCGAGGCAAUUUGCUUUGGACUUUGUGUGCUACUUUGACGGAGAAGGUCGUGCGAUCCCCUUCGGCAGGAGUAUGACCUAUCGCUUUGCAAUGUCGUCCUUUUGGGGGGCCCUCGCUUUCGCCGACGUUGAACUCCCAGCUCCAUUGACUUGGGGAGUCGUCAAGGGUUUGCAAUUAAGGAACAUCAGGUGGUGGGCAAAACAGGCGGGGGCGUUCAAUGCCGACGGUACCCUUACCAUCGGUUUCUGUUAUCCCAACCACAACAUGACGGAGAACUACAACUCUCCCGGGUCUCCGUACUGGUGUUGCAAGUCCUUUGUAAUACUGUCUUUACCCAACAACCAUCCGUUCUGGGCAACAAAGGAAGAGCCUUACCCCCAGAUAUUGCUUGAGACGACCAAAAUUCUGUAUCAUCCACUGCAUAUUGCCACCACCGUUGGAGGGCACACCUAUAUUCUAUCAUCUGGCCAACAGUGCUCAUAUCCCAUCAAACAAGGACCGGCCAAGUAUGGGAAACUUGCUUAUUCCUCCGCCUUUGGAUACAGUGUCCCUGUCGGGAAUGGAACCCUGGAAGAAUUGGGGGGCGACAAUACGUUGGCUCUAAGUGAUGACAACGGAGAGACGUGGAAGUGUAGAAGAGACACAAGGGAGGCUAGGAUUGAGAGUGGUAAAUGGCUAAGGUCGAUGUGGUAUCCCUGGAAGGAUGUCCAGGUAGAGACAUGGCUGGUGCCACCACAGCAGAACUCGCCAGUGUGGCAUCUCCGUGUGCACAGGUUACGGACGGGGAGAAACUUAUUAUCUGCUGAAGGCGGUUUUGCGAUAUACGGACAGGGAAAGGACGGGAGAGCUCUGGGCAUCACGAUAGAUGGAGAGGCUUUUGGAACAUUUGAAAAGGGUGGCGAAGGUCGCGCGGCGUCUCGUGCUGGUGUUUCUGGCAUUGUUGAUCUGGGACAAUCCGGGAGAGUAGGACAGGUGCUGAGAACAGACGCGAACUCGAAUCUGAUGGUACCGAGGGCUGUUUUGCCAACGCUGCGGCAGAAUCACUUGGGCAGUGCGAAGAAUAUUUGGUUAGUCACCGGUGUAUUUGCUCUUCCAAGUGCUGGGGAUGAUGAAGGCGCAAGGAUCGGAUGGCUUGCAGGAUGGGAGAAACGGCCGGCGGUUCCUACAGAAAUAGCGACAUUAAUGCAGCGCGAAACUUAA